GACACGCAGCAGGGAGUGUGGCGGGGUGGGAGGUACCGUGCGUCCGUCUCCGUGCCGGAACGUUCAGGAAGUGGCUCUGGAAUGGCUCUGGGCUUCCUCCAUAGAGGGAAGUGUAUAGAGUGCCAUUUUUUAAAAUGUCAUAGCCAUGCCUUCAGGAUACUUGGAAAACCAGGGUUCGUCCGCGCAAGGGGCACCCCUGCGUCCUGAGGCGCCGUGCUGUUCCUCUGGCUUCUCACGAUAGCCCCCGCUCAAAGGAAGUCGUGGCUUGUUUGGUCUUCCACCGUGCAAGGAUCACCUGGUGAAUGAAGGCUUCUCUUCCUGCGAUGCAAUUGUUUGCUAAUUUAUCGUUUCCCAUGGUCUUUUCACACCGUGAAAAGUGGAUCAAUACGUGAAAGAUGAAUACUUCACAGGAGAUCGUUCAAUAAUUCAUCCUUCUGUGAUCCGCGUUUCUGAUCGAGUUUUUCUCUGGCAUUGUUAUCGCCUGCAAGUCUUCCUCUGUAUCCGGGCUGGCUGGGAUGGAGUUAAUUUCACUGCCAGCAGCUCUCACCAUGCUGUGCUUUGCUUUGGGAGCUAAAAGGUGUUGAUAACACACCAGUUCUUUGGCCACUCAUCUCUCCAACAUUCCUCCUUCACCAGUAGGCUGGGAGUGUGCAAGAUCUUGGGACAAAACACAGCCAGGACAGCUGGCCUAAAUUGGCCAAAAGGAUAUUCCAGAAUAUGUGAUGCCUUUUCAAAUAUAAACGCUAAUAGAAAGGAGUAGGAAGGUGAGGCAUUCAUUAUUUACAUUUGCCUUCCAGAGCAAUCACUACACAUGCUGAAGCCCUGCUUCCCAUGACAUGGCUGGAUGUUGCUUGCUGAUGUGAUGAGGAAAUCUCACUUUGAUGGGAAGAACACCCUUCGUAACACAUCCAGGAAAGAGAAUUGCAGUCCACAUCACAGGUCUUAGGUCAUGUUGAGCUUGAGAGCUAUCACUCUCCUGUGCAGUCAGCAUAUCCUGGCUCCUAAGAGUACAGUGCCAAGCCUGUUUCAGAUAUUGUUGCAUCUUAUCACAUCUGAUGCAUCUUAUCACUUAUCUUAUCUAGUGCGAAGCAGAUUCAGCUCUUAACUGAAGGCACUGCAUCCAUUGCAGUAGCAAUGUGCACCUGACACCAGCACAACUGGAACUGGGGAACAAACAUCUCUCUCUCUUUCAUGAGGACAAACUGCACCGUACAUCAGGGCCUGGGGACACUCACCAUCCUCAAGAGCCCUGACCAACCUCACCUAGGGCAGGCACCCUUCACCCCAUGUGAUACCAAAAAGGUGAAUUCAAUUUCUACUGCAACUGUGAGCUUUUAAUAGAAAGACACUGUGAAUGUGAACUUCUAGCAGAGAAGACACUGUGUCUGCAGACCUUUAGCAGAGAGACAAGGCAUGCAGAAAUUAUUCCCAUUUAAGGACAUUAGAAGAUAAAGAGGGGACAUCCGCCUGAGAAGUACAGCUACAGCCAAAACAAGGACUAACUUUGGAAACUUGGGAGACAUGGGGAGGGUUUUUAUGGUAAUAGGCAAAUCAUAAUACGCAUGUAGUGACUGUAUAUUAGCAACUUACUUGUAACAAUCAGAGGGAUGUUAGGAGGAGUGGUAUCUCCCAUGUUUUCUGGGCACUUAAAUAAAUUAUGCCCCCUUUAACACAGAAAAAUUGGCACUAAGGAGUCUUAUUCUGGUUUUCAGAGAUUAGGUAACACAUGGACCUGACAAUCAUAGGGCUGAAUCUUAUCCUAGUUCCCCUCACCAAACCUAUUCCUGACCCAUGCCAGCAAGCACACAUCCCAGCCUGGCCUCAGCCUAUCCCCAUCCCUGAGCUGUGGGAUGUGCCUGGUUUCCUUCCAUCUGCCAGCUUCCUCACUGAAGGCAGUGGAAUGGACCUAGGCUGGGGAAGCCUCUGUUUGGCCUGUCUCCUCGGGGUCUUCAUAUGGCCCCAACUCUUGGGAAGGAAAACUGGCCCCUUCUGCUCCCUGAUACCAUGUGGGAGUCCAGAGUAUUCCUCUGGCUUCCCUGGAAGGUUUAAGACCCCCCUGGCGGGGUCCCCAAAGACCCUCGAAUGAGACCCAGGUGUCUCAGGGGCUGGAUUUAGCUCCUUGGAACAAUUUACCAACAUUGAGAGAAGAAAUGCAAGCCACAAAAAUAAAUAGAGUGUAAAUUAGACUGUUAGCGUGGCCAAGAUGGAGAAUUGGAGGUGUGGAUACCUCUUCCUCCUUCUUCUCCAUGUCAUCCAUGCUGGGUGACACGCUGGCACUUUUAGAUUGGAUGAGAACAGAUCUGGACCAUGUAACAAGAUUGUAUUGUAUUGGGGGUCAUUUGUAAAUACCUAGUACGUAGUUUAGACUAUAAAAGAUAAGUCCUGCCUCUGCCAGGCAGAUUCUGCCCUGGACGUCUGGCGAGCAGACUGCUGUUCGCUAGACCAAGCAUUCCUGAGAUAAGAAACAAUAAACAACCAUGAAAACCUCUAAGAACAGCCUCCUGCAGUCUCUCAUCGGCGGGCAUUGGAAAGAGCUGGGUUCCAGACCACCUGCAUGUCCUCCAGAGGUGAUCUCAGGUCUAAGGAGACACCUCAAGAUGUGACAUUUGGCGUCCCUGGGUGGGCUGCAGCCUGCAAAGGUGGGUGCAGACCCCUGGACCCAGAAAACCCAGCUCGAGAAGAUGCUGUUGAAAAGGACUGCGGAGGAGAUUUUUGGCCCUCUGCCAAGAAAAGCCGAGGUCCAGACGCAAGUUGGAGAGGAGGUGUCCCGGGAAGCCUCGCUCCUGUGCACUGCUGGUUGGUUUCAGGAACCUCCGAAUCGAUUUUGGACAAAUUGCUUUUGGGUAAGACGGUUCAGAUUCAGAUACAUCAUAGGAACACUAUAGGCAGAACUCUCAGCAAGGAACAGCUCACUUUACCAUCCACUUUGAAAGUUUUAGCUUUUGUUCAUCCUGUCUCUGUCACAGAGAAGGAAUUCUGAGAUUUACUUGUGUGGGUGAAGCUUCAGUACCCACAGGCAGAAACAAAUAUGCUAUUUACAGCAGGAUUCUAGCAAAAUUAAUUGUAAUUGAUAUCAGUCAGUAAUUCUGAGAGAUAAGGGAGUGAAGGACUCCCAAAAGUGUAGCUUUAUUCUGUCUCUCCUUGGCAGAAAGCAAUUAAAGUCCCUCAGAGACUGGGGAAGGAUUCUCACCUAGCCAUGAGCUGGGGGAGGGAAGUUUAUAGCUGCCAUGCCAGCAGCAGCCGGUUCAGCAAAGGUCUUGCCAGCAGCAAGGUCAGGAAAAAUUAAGUUAAAAAUAUUUCCAAGUGAGUUAAAGAACUCGGAUUUUUUAUUUCUUCACCCCUUCAGAAAACAUGACUCCAGGAGGUGGGAGGGUGCUAUAGACGACUCCCCGGGCCGUGGGGGACAGAGGGGAGGGGGACAGGACCGCAAAAAGCGGGGAAAAAGCGAGGGGCUGUGACUCCGGUUUCGAUCGUGGUAACGCAAGGCAGUGCGGCCGCGGCGACGGUGCCGGCACCCCGGGAGCGCGGAAAAAAACGCGCGGGGGAUUCGCGGGAAGCGCGGAACCCAGAAAUAGCGGGCUCAGUGCGUGGAGCCACAGGGAUGUCCAGGGAGGGACAAUCUGCGGUGGCGGCCAGGACGCAGAAAUGCAGGACAGUGAGGGCGGCUCUCAGCCAAAAGGGGGGUGGGGAUGUGAGUGUGGAGACCCCAGCGCGAUUCAUCGUCCGCGGGGGGACCCCGUUGGUCAGUGGCGCCUCAUGGGGAACCCAGGCGGAGCGACCCCCAGGGGCGGCGGGAUCGAUCCCAGACGCGGCAGCCGCACAAGCGGCCGGCGGGGGAAUUUCUCGCUGCCAGGGGGAGGUGGCUCCGGGCGGGACCGGCGCGGCGGGAUUCACGGGGGUGGCGCUGCCCAUGCCGGAGAUGGGGCGGGUCUCGACGGCCAGCACACAAGCGGCAGCGGGGCCAGCCACGUCCAGGGGGGUGGGUCACACCCGGGAGGGAGAUCAGAAGGACAGCCCGACCCGAGAGCAGCCAGCAACGCAUGCGUGGUUCGACCUAAGCGUAGGGAACACACGCAGGCGCAGCCCCUGGAGAUGCCAACAUCCCCGAACACGAAAGUAACAGGAACAGAACAGGGACACAGACAUCACAGCAUGCGAGCCCAAAAGCCAAAAUUUGGUUCAGAGAGCAGUGAUUCCAGCGUGGAAGGGCGGAGCCGGCCCGUGUCGGACGGAGGCACGGCGGACGGGGUGCGGCAGCAGCGGCCCCGGCCCUGGCCCCAGGCAGGAAGCGCGCGGGAAACACAAAACCCAGAAAUGUCAGCGAUGCAGGGAAAACUGUUUCAGGGAAAGACAGAUUCAAAAGGGGAAAAUUCAUGCUUUGUAAAGUCAAAAGAGAAAAAUUAA